AUGGGGUCAGACGCUCGAAAAGGUGAUGAUGGCACGAUCAAAGUCGCAUCCAAGAACAAGAAUGGUAAAAUAAAGCUGAAGAAGCCUGCGCCAAAACACAGCAAGCCUGGAAAUUGGAGGGAUGGCAGUGUUAUAGAAGGCGACAAGAAGAAGAAUGGCACUUCUCCCGUAGGUGCGCCUUCGCCAGGCCCUGUAGUAAACGAACUAGACGAAACUUCCCGCGAAACGUUUGCAACUGGACGACCACUCGAAGACAGCCCCGAUCUCCAACAAUGUAAGCAUUGCAAGAAGAGCGUACUGAAGACUGCUGCCAAAGCACAUAUUGCACAAUGUCUGCGAUUGAAGAAAGAGAAGGCGCAAAGAAAAAAGGAAGCCCGUGAGGCUAGAGAAAGGGCAAAGGAAGCGGCAAGACAAGAAGAGCAGCGGAAAGAAGACGAAGAAAACGGCAUAGAACGAGGCGAUGAUGACAGUGACGAUGACGGUAUCUCCGCCGAGAAGAAGCCCACCGGGAGCAAGACCGCCAAAAAGGCUGCUGGGAAGAAGCCAGAAGACGACAGAAAAGGAAAGAAGCGAAAGGCCGAUGGGGACCCGGACAAGGGGCCAAAGAACAAGAAAAAGAAGGACGAGCCCAAGGCCAAGGUCCCUAAACCAAAGGGACCUGUGGAUGUGGAACGUCAAUGCGGUGUUCUGCUCGCUAACGGGCAGCCAUGCGCAAGAUCAUUGACAUGCAAGAGCCAUAGUAUGGGUGCCAAACGUGCAGUUGCUGGAAGAUCUCUGCCAUAUGAUAUGCUUCUUGCUGCUUACCAGAAAAAGAACCAAGCAAAGCAGCAGAAGGCAGCACUUGACGCCAACGCGCCAAUAGAGGAUGAAGACGAAGCGAAUAAUGGGCCUGUCGAUUCGGACGAAGAAACGGCCGCCGUGAUGGGUGCACUAUCACAGUGGAGACCACAACCUUUGAUACCACAGCCCACUUUCGCCCCUAUAAAACGACAAUAUCAGCUUGCAAGACUACAUGAACAACUUCAGAUGGCUACCAAUAGUGGGAGGACAAAUAUCUUCUCAGUUACUGGUUUCGGGGCACAGAAGCUACCAGAAGGCCAUCACGGAUUGCAGCCGGCUGCUGAGGAUGCACCAGGCGAAGUAGACCUCGGAGUUGCAGUUUCAGGCAACACGGGAUGGACGACAGCUUCAUUUACACCUCAAAGACAACCCUCGGUUUCAAGCAGAGCAUAG